AUGAAGUUCGCAAUCAUCGCUAUUUUGGCUAUCUUGGCAGUUUUCACUUCGGCCGAAUUUUUCGAAUGUGAAAUGUGUGAGAUGGCUGUGAAAAUUGUUGUUCCAAUGCUAGGACAAGAUACCAAAGAUAUUGAACAGGUAAAAAUUGGGACCACAUCGGAAUCCCGUUCAGGCAUCCUUAAAAUGGACCCUGUCAAAAUUUUUCAAAUAAAUUUCAUUUUUCAGGCCGUCGAUGCUGAAUGCAAAAAGGAGUUCCACGCCAUCCCAUUCGCCACCCAAAAAUGCAAAAAAUUCGUCGACAGCAAACUUCAACCAAUCAUCAACGAGCUCGAAAAUGGAACUGCUCCAAAAGACGUGUGCACCAAAUUGACUAUGUGCUAA